CUCCAAACCUUGCAUUUUAUAUCCUCUUUGCCCAUUGAAAUCGACGGAAUUGCCAUUCAUCCCUUCCAGCCUUCCUCCCAAAAUCCCCACAAAUGUUUUUCUUUAAUGAGGAAAAAUUAACUUGAUCAAAACUCAAGAGUAAUCCUUCACUCUUUUUUAAAGUUUGUGCGUCAAGAUUUCAUGCUGCAAUCCAGUUCAUCGUGCUGCUCCUACAGAUGUGCCCACCCGGGCUACCAGGCGGCAAUAUUUUGUAAUACACUCCUCCUCCUAGCGAGACUCAUGAAGUUGCUGUCAUGUCAUCAUUUUCCACAAAUAUCUGUUGCCUAAAGUGGAACCGCCAGUCUGCAGACCUCUCACCCAAUUUUCGACAAUUAGCCCCAUAAGUCAGCAAAUGCUGAUAUCAGCAACAAAUCACUGCAGUAACCGACCAAAUAUGUAUCUGCUCUCUCUCUUAUUUUACUUUGCUUUCGUGUGCUCUAUUUAGUCGAAAAGGCUUUGCAAAUGAGUGUUCUCAACUGCCUUAGCUGGAUAAGCAAAGGUUAAAUAAAUACUUGCGCCGUCUUUCACUGCCAGCACAUCAUUCUUUCCAUGCUGCCUGCGUGUGUGUGUGUGACUUGUGUCCUUGUCCUUGCCCAGGUCUCCACCUGACUUAUUACUCCCGGAGAGCACGUCCUGAUUCCCGAAUGUGACCCAUCACAUCCACACAGCAUGACCAAAGGAGAGAAGCACAACAACGCAGGCCUCCGUCAACAAGUCUAAAUGAUAGAUCAUGGAGUCUAUGGCAAGAGUGAAAAAAUCUCUGCGCGCGCCCAUCAGGAGGCUCAGCAGCUGCAUGUGCACCGUAAGCAACAGGAAGUGGUUUGCCAAAAGCAGGACCAAUAGAUUUCCACAUCCGGGAGGAAGAGGACGCUGCGGCAGGUCGGGAAAGGCCCCACCUCGACGAACUCCCUCCAAGUAUCCUUCGGUGGUUCGCGCUUACCAGGCCGACUUGGACAAAGAGAGAAAGCUGCGCAAAGCCACGAAUGCUCAGAAGAAUGCUGAGAGAGCAGCCAUGAGAUCUCACUUCAGGAGAAAAUAUCAGCUAGCAGAGAACUCCAAGGAUGCCAGCCACCUGAAAUGCGUUGGCGGCAAAGUGUCGCUCCCCCGCGAGCUGUCCAAGCUGCUGCGUCCCGACAGCAAAACCAAGGAUGACGGCUUCAACCUGCUCGACGCCUUCCGAGGCCUCAGCUUGGGCCCGCUGGCGGAAGGCAAAGGCGCCAAACGCGCCGCUGCCACGCCACACAGAGGGCGCUCUUGUCAAGUCAUGUGAUCAACGUGCCGGUGCACAAAAAGUCUUUUUGAAAUGACCCCCUCAUGGUCAAGCACAAACUGUUGUAUAAUACGGUUAUGUCUUUAUAGGGCAAGGAAUCGUAUUUGGUCAUUUGACUCAAAAACGACGCCUUGCAUCUUCCUUUUGAGGCCGUUACAACCCUGUGACAUCCCCCAGCCAAUCAAAUCAAAAAAGGUAAUCGAAUAUAUAUAUAUACACAUAUACACAUUGUUUUUUUCUCUACAAAUAUAAUUUCCAAAGUUGCCCCAUUCUAGGUUAAAACCAUUGAAAACGUUUUCAUUUGAAUUGAUUGAUCUUAACUCUGUUAAAUAUCAAAAGUAUUUGCUAACGUUCUGUGCUGGGCUGUGUCUCAGCAAUAGUGGUUGUCAUGACGACAUCCUUCCUGCAAUCUCCAGGAAGGUGUUUUAGCGAUUGAGGCUGUGAGCACUCAUAGGGACACUUUUUCAUCACGUUUUUGCAAAAUGUACAGUCAGACAAAAAAAAAAAAACAGAAUUAAAUAUGUUUUUGUAUUUCCUUAAAUAGUUGCCACCCCUUUAAUAAAUCCCAUGCAUAUUAAAUCUGUUCUAAAUAUUAUACAGUCAUUCAAACAUGAGAAUUAACUAUUUAAAAUAUUUUAUGUACACAUUUUAACUUUUUGAACCUUUAAAAAAAAAAUUUAAGUCUCCUCUAUGUACGACCUGGCCCUGUAAAAUCUGUCAUUUCUAAAAAAAACUUAAUCACAAAGGUAUGUCCAUCGCUUACAUACGCGACAGGACCUUUUUUUUAGAGACUGCAAUUCUUCAUGAAGUGACCUCCAAUUGGUGUGUAAAUGUAUAUUUUUUCCAUACGAGGAGAGUGUCUCAAAUGUCAUUGAAAGCGUGAACAAAUGUUUGAAUAAAGUUUUAUUUGUGGAUAUCUGGA